GUGAUUGUGCAGCGCUCCCUCGCUGCUAAGAGCCUGACACAUGCAAAAGGAGGCUCACUACUUGCUGCUUAUCUAAAGAUUGUGCCUUUCUUUGCCAUUAUGCUGCCUGGCAUGAUCAGCAGGAUCCUUUACACAGAUGAUGUGGCGUGUGCAGAGCCUGAGCUGUGCAAACAGAUCUGUGGCAAUGCAGUGGGUUGUUCAGAUACUGCCUACGUCAGACUGGUGAUGGAGCUGCUGCCAACAGGAUUGAGGGGUUUGAUGAUGGCAGUGAUGCUCGCCGCCCUCAUGUCCUCUCUGACCUCCAUCUUUAACAGUGCCAGCACCAUUUUCACCAUGGAUCUGUGGAAGAGCUACAGAUCCCGUGCUACUGAAUGGGAGCUCAUGAUUGUGGGCAGGGUGUUUGUUCUCGUGCUGGUGGUGGCGUCCGUGCUGUGGAUUCCUGUUGUCCAGGCCAGUCAGGGGGGGCAGCUCUUUAUCUACAUCCAGUCCAUCAGCACCUACCUCCAGCCCCCAGUCUCCAUCAUCUUCCUCUUGGGCUGCUUCUGGAAGAGGACUAAUGAGAAG